AUUUAGUAUUUAACUAUGUUUAUUAUAAAUUAGUCUCUGUGGUAUCUUUGUUCAAAAAGUUUUGUUUAUUAUAACAGUCUUAAAUAAUUAAUACAGUUGACCAAAUAUUUUUUAUUAACGUGCGAACACACUGUUAUUAUUAGAUUUGGUAUAAAGUCAGCAAAGUACUUUACAAAAAGCUGAAAUUUGUGAAGCACAUAAAUGUCAAAAAGAUCGCGGUUUGAAAGUUUGAAAACAGAAACAGCGGCUAAAGAACAUAAGCCAUUAAUAAUAAUUUUUUUUGUUUGAAAUAGAAUCAUUAAAAUGAAUUAUUCAAGGUUUGGAAAUAUGAUGGAAAAAAACCGCUUAAACAGUUUUAAAAAGUGGCCAUUUGAUGAUAGCAGUGCAUGUAGCGCAAAAAAGAUGGCGGAAGCAGGCUUUUACUGGAGCGGUAACGAUCGCGAACCAGAUACAGUUACUUGCUAUAUUUGCAAUAAAACUCUUGAUGGUUGGGAGCCAACCGAUGACCCAUGGAAGGAGCAUGCAAAACACGCUCCUCAAUGCAGUUUCGUAAAGCUCGGACGAAAGGAAGCUGAAUUGACGGUUCAAGAAUUCAUCAAUAUAUGUAAUGCUGCGCUAAAAGCGCGUAUGGAUCAAAACUUAAAUAAAAUUUUAGAAGAGUUUCGAAAGUAUGCAGAGAAGGAGAAAGAAAAAUUAUUACUCGGCAAAUAAAUGGAAAAGAAAUUACUUACAUCAGUUAGAUAAUAGUUUAGGGAUUAUAUAGAAGUUAAGACUUAAUAAACAUUUUAAAUAAUCAUUAUAUGUGUUGUAUGUUGUAUACCUUACUUGUGUGUUAGUUGCAAUAAAUUAUGCUAAUUAGUA